GUUCUGCGAGUCUAAUUGUGAUCUUUCGAAACACAUGGAUGCUAGUUUGCUGGGUAUUGAUGAGAAAUAAAGGCUUAGGUUGAAAUUUUUCACUGACAGUGCGUAAGAUAACAAAAGUUUGGACUUCUGAGUGUUGACUGUUGAAUUUUAAUAAAAGCUACGAAUCUAACAAUUAUUAAUAAAUUCAAAUUAAUUUGAAACUUGAAUCAGAAAUAUUUUGGAAAGUACCUUGUUUAUAAAUUUGGCCCAGUGUGUACACUUGUCAACAAAUGAAAACACCGGUGAUAAGAAAGAUGAAAAUUUAUUUCAAACUGUUUGAAGUUUGAAGUACGCUUUGAAAAAUUCAACGACUAUAAAUUUAUAAAUUCAUCAUUAUUAGUUAUUAAAUUGCAGCUUAUUGGUGUGAACAGUAAAGAUUCGUCUUGUUCGGAAACAACGCUGAUAUUAUGGCUGAUCUUCCUGCUUUUACUACGACGAAAGAUGCCUUGAAGAACUACUCCGAUGCUAUUCAAAAUCUUAAGACUGCGGAGUUUCCUGACGAAAAUUCGCGACUAAUGGCUGCAAUUGACAUAGUUUUAGAAUACUGUUUCUCUAUCAGAAGACCAGCGAGUGAUGGAAAUUGGCCUUGUGCGUUGAAAUAUGAUUCGAAACCGGUUGUAUACUCCUUUGGUGAGAAAAAAAUGAGCGUAACGUUAUUAUUCGACAAAACAUACAGAUACCUUUGCGUUGAGUUCCCAGAUGAUGGGCCUAGGGCCUACGUAAUCGACGAUUUUAGUGCAGUUUCCGUACCGAGGUUUCGUUUGCCUGAACCAGACGAAGAUGAUCCUGACGAAGAUGAUGCUAAUGACGAAGAUGAUUUUAAUUCCGAAACCGGCGAUGAUGAUUUGAGCUUGUUACAAGAGGUGCAAAGUAAAUUAGUCCAUGUUGUUAAUCGUAUCCAACCAUCAACAAUGAUCCCUAGAAGUAAAGAGUUCAGUAGUCACAUGGUGAGUGCCACCUUUCCAAAACCUAUCGCAGGUCACGAUCGAGCUUACGACUUUUUGAUUUCACGUCUCCCAAAUCCUGAACCGAAUGCCAAAGCCAAGUUGAUGGGAACGUUUGUUACUGUCUUGAAAUCAAUCCUCCCUCGUUCAGUUAUUUUUGAAAUGAAUGCCUGGCCAGUGCCAUCGAAAUACGAUGGCGAAUUGAUACAGAUUAAUUAUAAAAACGCCCAAAUCAAAGUCUCAUUAAUUGAAAGUACCAUUGCGUAUUAUUUUACUAUUCGCAUAAAGUACCCUUACCAAGGCAACGAAAACUUCAUAUGUGCCAAAAAAAUACUUAAAGAGAGAACGCCAACAUUCUGCGAGACAGAGAAAGAUGACGAUUUAAAAAAGAUCGGAUCAUUACGAUUCUGGAUAAACAGUUUAAUAACGAACGUGUUUGCAAAAAAAUGGAUGUCACGACCUCCAUCGGAGAUGUCUGUUGAGAAUGAUGAAGAGGAUGAAGAUGAUGAAAUGCCGUACCGGUAUUAACACAUCUGUCUCCUUUCAAUAACUUGAAUCAGCAGUUCCUCGUGUUUCACUUUUAUCUUCAGAAUACCACAUUUUCCUGGCAUUUUAAUUUUUCUGUCUAGUUUCUGAACUUGACCAAUGUCCUGUCAUCCUGCGGGUGCUUCGAAUUCGUCUGUAAUGACGAAUCGAAAUCGAAACCAAAUCAAAUUAUUUAGUGGUGUGUUAUCUAUUAUAGAACUACCUACUAAAACAAUUUACGUUCAAAAACAAACGUAAGCUAGAAAACAUCCUACUAAUUUCACUAAUGUGAUCAUUUUCAGAUUUCUAUCCACCAUCGAUCCUGCAAAAUGACUUCGUUCAAUAACAUGCCAAACGAAAUCAUCCUACCAAUGUUUAAUUAAAGAACUUCAAAGUAUGCAAAAUGUACGAUCGUUGCAUAUUAAAUCUACGAUGGGAAAAUCCCAGAGAUUGUACUAAUUUUGAUUGUUUGUUAUAACUGUUAUAAGGAAUGAAGAAUUUUUAUCGAGUUAUUUUAUUGUUUGCUAUUUUUUAUGUACUACGUUUUAUUUUAAUCUGUAUUUAUUGAUUGAAUGAAGAAUGUGUGAGAAUCUGAGAAAGAUUGAGCAAAGAACAGGUAUCGGUUGACGAGUGAGAAGCUCAUCAUGGAGCAUCAAAAUUGUAAUAUAUUUUAGUGAAAUGAUUUUUCCAACGAAAUUCACACAUGGAUGCUGGCCUGCUCGGUUGAAAUUUUUCACUGACAGCGACAGCUGAAAUUAAUGUAUUUAGUUAGGCCUAUCAUAUAAUCAAACAGGAGAAGGUAUGCAACCGUGUAUUUGGCUUAAACGUGAAUAGGCAAUACUACCUAUAGUAGGUGCCGUGGUAUUGGAAUAGGUCUAUUGAUAAGAAUAAUUAUUCAUGUGAUUGUGAGAAAGAGCUGUCGUUGAUUUUCUCGUAUUUUCUCAUAAAUAUUUAUCUUUGGUGAUUUUUCAACAAUUCUACAAAGAUAUUAUAUCAUUAUUUUGAUCAUUCAAUGGAUCUUCAACGUAAAAAAAUCAAAAAACGUUAUAUUCCGGUUUUCGUUAGAAAUUCCAAGUGUAAGAAUGCUUCUUCUGGAAGAGAUAAAUUCGAUUCAACUGUAUGGAAAAAUUUAUCGUUUAAAAUGAAAAUAGCUGUCGGAAUAGAAGGCUGUUAUUCGAAAUUCAUUUCGUUUUUGCAAGAGUACAAGGAUCAGAAAAUGUCGACUCUUCAGGUCAUUGAAAAAGUUGUCGAGUUAUUCGAUGGACGUGACGAUUUGCUGUCGGACUUUAACACAAUGCAACCCAAAGGUUUUGACAUAUAGUGAGGAGAAGAGUUUCCAGACGGAAGUCCAAGGUCUUCAUUUAUGUUCCAUGGAAGAUAGCGGAUUCCUGCAACGAUUCGUAUACUUUUAUUAAGGAUUCCGAUGUGUGUAUACGAUGAUGACUGAACUGGUGAUUUAAUGUACCUACCUAUAUUUCAUAUUUAAGAAUAAACAACCUUUUCACUAGUAACGAUGUGUUGUGUAUUUUUUUCAAUAAUAUUGGUAAAAAGUGGCGAAUUUAUUUUUUAAAAUGGCUCGCUACAAGAUAAAAUAUUUCAUUUAUGCAUUAGUGAAAUUUUUCACCAACAGUGACAGCUGAAAUAGCUGAAAUUAAUGUAUUUAGUUAGUUAUAACAGCAACUGCGGUAGCUCGACACUUCAGGAGAAGGUAUGCAACCGUUGGAAUAGGUCUAUUGAUAACAAUUAUUAGGUACUGUGAUUGUGAGAAAGAGCUGUCGUUGAUUUUCUGGUGUUUUCUAAUAAAUAUUUAUCUUUGGUGAUUUUGCAACAAUUCUACGAAAAUAUUAUAUCAUUAUUUUGAUCAUUCAAUAUGGAUCUUCAACGUAAAAAAAUCAAAAAACGUUAUAUUCCGGUUUUCGUUAGGAAUUCAAAGUGUAGAAUUUCUCCUAGAAGGGAUAGUUGCGAUGUAGCUGUAUGGAAAAAUUUAUGGCUCAAAAUGAAAGCAUCUAACGGAAGUUUAGAAGGCUGUCAUUCGAAAUUCGUUUCGUUAUUGCGAGAAUGGAAGAAUAAGAAAAUGUCGACUCUUCAGGUCAUUGAAAAAAUUGUCGAGUUAUUCGAUGGACGUGACGAUAUGCUGUCGGACUUUUCCAAAAUGACACCCAGUGGUUAUGACAUAGUGAGGAAAAAAGUUUCCAGACGGAAGUCCAAGGUUUUCAUUUAUGUUCCAUGGGCGAUAGCGGAUUCCAACGAUUCGUAUACUUUUAUUAAGGAUUCAGAUUUGUAAUAGAUAUAAGUAGAUUAUGACUAAACUGGUAAUUUAGUGUACCUAUAUUUCAAAAUUUAAACCUAUUACUUCACUACUAACGAUGUGGAUGUGUUAUGUAUUUUUUUCGAUCUGCGAGUCAAAUUAUAUUCUUACAAGUUGCUGAAAAAGCACUGGCAAAACGUGCGAUCGUUGCAUAUUAAGUCUACCAUGGGACCACCCCGGAGAUUGUACUAAUUUUGAUUAUUUUGUUAUAACGAAUAAAGAAUUUUUAUCGAA